AGUCCCCAGCGGCAAGGCUCCUCUCUAUUGGACGCGCAUCCUCGCGUAGGCAAGGAGCUCCGUUUGCGGCGCAAUGACUGGCUGGGCUUGCCAUGCGGGACCGUGGGGCGGGGCGUGGGGCACGCGGACCUAGGUGACCGACUGCUUUUCGCAGCCUGGGUGGAAGCUGGCGCAUGUGGGCGCUUCGCUCGUUGCUGCUGCUGCGGUCCGCGGCCGGGCGCACCAUGUCGCAGGGACCCGCCCGCCGCCAGCGGCCGCCCAAGGACCCACUGCGGCACCUGCGCACCCGGGAGAAGCGCGGCCCGUCGUGGGAGCCCGGGGGCCCGAACACCGUGUACCUGCAAGUGGUGGCGGCCGGCGGCCGGGACGCGGGUGCGGCCCUCUACGUCUUCUCUGAGUACAACCGGUAUCUCUUCAACUGUGGGGAAGGAGUCCAGCGACUCAUGCAGGAGCACAAGCUGAAGGUAUCUCGUUUGGACAACAUAUUCCUGACCCGAAUGCACUGGAGUAACGUUGGGGGAUUGUGUGGAAUGAUUCUUACUUUAAAGGAAACUGGGCUUCCAAAGUGUGUACUUUCUGGACCUCCACAACUGGAAAAAUACCUAGAGGCCAUCAAAAUAUUUUCUGGUCCAUUGAAAGGAAUAGACCUAGCUGUGCGGCCCCACACUGCACCAGAAUAUAAAGAUGAGACCAUGACAGUUUUCCAGAUCCCCAUAUACAGUGAACAGAGGUGUGGAAAGCACCAGCCAUCACAGAGUCCAGAAAGUCUCAGUCCAGAGCAGUCUUCAGACUCUAGAUCCACUGAGAAUGAGCAGCACCUUGCAGAUGGUGUUAUCCAGAGAAGGGGUGGCAGGGAUCCCUCCUUGGUUGUAGCUUUCGUCUGUAAGCUUCACCUGAAGAAAGGAAACUUCUUGGUGCUUAAAGCAAAGGAGCUGGGCCUCCCAGUUGGGACAGCUGCCAUUGCUCCCAUCAUUGCUGCUGUCAAGGACGGGAAAAGUGUCACUUAUGAGGGAAGAGAGAUUUUACCUGAAGAGAUUUGUACUCCUCCGGAUCCCAGUCUUGCUUUUGUCGUGGUCGAAUGUCCAGAUGAAGGAUUCAUUCAACCCAUCUGUGCGAACACAACCUUCCAGAGGUACCAAGGAAAGGCCGAUGCCCCUGUGGCGCUGGUGGUUCACGUGGCCCCCGAGUAUGUGCUUGCAGAUAGCAGAUACCAGCAGUGGAUGGAGAGGUUCGGGCCUGACACGCAGCACCUGAUCCUGAAUGAGAAUUGUACAUCAGUUCACAACCUCCGUAGCCUCAAGAUUCAAACACAGCUCAACCUCAUCCACCCCAACAUCUUCCCCCAACUCGCCAGUCUACACUGUAAGGAAGAAGACACCGCCUUCACUGUUCCCACAGUCCGCGGUGAAUGCCUCCUCAAGUAUCAGCUCCGCCCCCGGAGGGAAUGGCAGAGGGAUGCGCUUAUUACUUGCAACCCUGAUGAAUUCAUAGCCGAAGCCCUGGAGCUCCCCAAUUUCCAGGAGAGCGUGCAGGAAUAUAGGAAGACUGCUCAGGAUGGCCCAGCCUCAGCAGACAAAAAAAAACAGUAUCCAGAAAUCAUCUUCCUGGGAACAGGGUCUGCCAUCCCGAUGAAGAUUCGAAAUGUCAGCUCCACACUUAUCAACAUAAGCUCUGACAAGUCCCUGCUGCUGGACUGUGGUGAAGGCACGUUUGGGCAGCUGUGUCGUCACUACGGAGAUGACGUGGACAGGGUCCUGAGCACCCUCGCUGCUGUGUUCGUGUCCCACUUGCAUGCGGACCACCACACGGGCUUGCUCAAUAUCCUGCUGCAGAGAGAACGAGCUUUGGCAUCGCUGGGAAAGCCUUUUCACCCUUUGCUGGUGGUUGCCCCAACCCAGCUCAAGCCCUGGCUCCAGCAGUAUCACAACCAGUGCCAGCAGGUUUUGCACCAUGUCAGUAUGAUUCCUGCCAAAUGCCUUCAGAAAGGAGCUGAUGUCUCCAACCCUGCAAUUGAAAUGUUGAUUAGUUCGCUUCUGGGAACAUGUGAUUUGGAAGAGUUUCAGACUUGCCUGGUCCGGCAUUGCAAGCAUGCUUUUGGCUGUGCGCUGGUCCACGUAUCUGGCUGGAAACUGGUCUACUCAGGGGACACCAUGCCUUGUGAGGCUCUGGUCCAGAUGGGUGAGUAGAGGCAGCCUACUCUGGUCCUGACAGCCUCUGGUUGUCGUCCUCACACGCAGACAGACCAUAGGUUCAGGGGAGAGAGUUCUGGCCCAGGACCAG